UGUGGAGGAAAAGAAGGAGAAAGAGGAGGAAGGCCUGUGUUGGGUGGUGAAAAGAACAGAGGAGGAGAGGAUGAAGGACAGAAUUGAGAGGAAGAUGAAGCAGGAGUGUGAGAGGAGGAGGAGGCAGGCCAUGGAGGAGGAAAAGAGGAAGCAGCUGUGGAAGGAGCACCUUCACCGCCUGGAGGUUUCUGACUGCUCCUCCAGCUCGGCGGAGAACUUGCGGUCAGACAGAACCCAAAAGAACCAACAUCUGCAGGAAGACACGCAGGAUAAACAGAGCGAAGCUCUGCAGAAGGUAGCAGCUGAAGCAGCCAGACGGAGGGAGGAGAUCAGGAAGGCUGAAGAGGCUGAGGUGGAAAGGGAGCUGCUCAGGAGGAGAGAAGAGGAGGCUAAAAGGCCAAAGACAGCAGCGGGAAAUUUGAUGAAGUUUGUGAGAAAGACCUAUCAGAGAGUGGUAGACUACACCUCACAAAACAACCUCCACAGACCCUACCAGCAGCACCGGCUGCUGCUGAAGAAGCUGAAGCAGGAGCGGAAGAAAACCGAGAAGGAGUUGCUGGAGAAAAGGAGGAAGGCUAAGGAGGCCCAGUGAAGACAGCCGAAGAGAAGACAACAUCACUGUAGAGAUUACUCAACAAUCUAAAGCAUGAAGCUGAAGAUCCUCCUUCCAUUCAUCAUCAUUCUAAUCAUCUCUACCACCUCCAUUAUUAACCAACUUCCCUCAUGUGCAUCUUAACUCAGUGUGGUUUAUUUUGAAGGGGAAGGGAGGGAACGGAAUUUUGGAAUAGUUUCUAAACACUUUUAACACUUUUAAAGAAACAACAUUUCUUUAAGUUUAAAAAGUGGAUGUAUUUCACUAAAAAAACUAAGAAAUCACCUAAAUAUUUACUUUCUUCUAUAGCAAACAGGUUUUGGGCAGCAGAAGGGAGGCUUUAGUGCUAGAGCAUGCGCUCACUGACAUCGUGGACAUGC